CGCUUUCCCGUCCUUCACUGGAAUGACAUGAUCGGGAGGGUGAGACUGACAUUGCUGAGAAUAUGACAUAGCUUUAACAAACCGUGGCGGAUAAUAACGCGGGGAGUUGGGGUCCAGGUCACUUUAUGUACAGCCAUGGCUGGUACUGGUUGUAGCAACACGUCCUGGGAUAACAGCUCGUUUACCAGUGGAAAUGUGGUCGGGAUCCGUGCCAAGCCCAGCAGCUCUGAACUCCGACAGGGUGAAAACUCUACACUACAGAACAAGGUUAAUGGCUUCAAGAAGCAGCCCCAGUCCCAUCACACUACACUUGACUUGUUGGAAGGUGAAGUGAAAGCCUUCUUGAUUGAUGAAGAUGAGCUGCACACGUUUGACGAUCUCACCAAAGUCAAUCCCGUGACCACUACAACGGUUCUGAAGUGUCUGCAUGCAAGGUAUUCUGCAGGUGUGUUUUACACGCAUGCCGGGUGUACUCUUGUCGCUGUUAACCCUUUCAGACACGUUCCCUGCCUCUACUCUCUUGAAGUGAUGAAGGAGUAUCAUAUGGACCCUCAGCCCCAGGAGCUCAAACCUCACGUAUUCAUUGUUGCUGAACAAGCUUACAGAAAUGUCCAAGGCCAGGUGGAGCCGGUAAACCAGUCUCUAAUAGUGAGUGGGGAGAGUGGAGCUGGAAAGACCUGGACGUCUCGCUGCCUCAUGAAGUAUUAUGCAACAGUCGCAGCUUCAUCAUCGUCCCAGAAAUGUCAGGAUAUGAUAGAAAGGAUAGAGAGGAGAGUGCUGGAGUCUAACCCAGUCAUGGAAGCCUUUGGAAAUGCGUGCACCUUGCGGAACAACAACAGCAGUCGUUUUGGAAAGUACAUUCAGCUCCAGUUAAACAGAUCACAACAACUAGUUGGGGCUUCCAUCCAGACUUACCUGCUGGAGAAAACCAGGGUCACCUGCCAAGCUGCCAGCGAAAGGAAUUUUCAUAUAUUCUAUCAGAUCAUGAAGGGAGCCACUGAGCAGGAGAGGCUGCAAUGGAAGCUCCCAGGUGAAGCGCAGUUCUGCUGGCUGCCAAAUGCUGAUAAAACUCUGGAAGAAGACUGCUUUGAAGUAACCAAAGAUGCUAUGCUGCACCUAGGCAUCACGAGUCAAAUGCAGAGGCAGAUAUUCAGAAUACUAGCUGGUCUCCUUCACCUCGGUAACAUCCAGUUCUCAGCUCCAGAUAACGAGUCUCAGCCAUGUGAACUUGACGCGCAAUCCAAAGGCUUCCUGCAGACGAUGGCAGUGCUGCUGAAGGUCCCGCAGAAGGAGGUUCUGGCUCAGCUCCUGGUCCGCACCAUCAGGGCUGGGAGACAGCAGCAGGUGUUCAUGAAGCCUUGCUCACAAACAGAGUGCGGAAUGAGGAGGGACUGUCUGGCCAAAGUCAUCUAUGCCAAGGUGUUUGACUGGCUGGUAACAUUCAUAAAUGGAAGCAUCUGUGCAGACUCCUCCAGGUGGAGCAAUUUUAUAGGCUUGCUGGACGUCUAUGGCUUUGAAUCAUUUGUUCUUAACAACCUGGAGCAGCUGUGCAUUAACUAUGCCAACGAGAAGCUGCAGCAGCACUUUGUGGCACAUUACCUCAAAGCCCAGCAGGAGGAAUAUGCAGCAGAGGGACUCGAGUGGUCCUUUGUCAGCUACCAGGACAACCAGAGCUGUCUGGACCUAAUCGAAGGGAGUCCCACUAGCAUUUUCUCCUUGCUUAAUGAGGAGUGUCGUCUGAACCGUCUUUUCGAUGCCAAGCAGUUUAAAACCCGUCUGGAGAAAGCCCUGUCCAGCAAUGCCUGUCUGAGCUGGGACAAGUUCAGAGAGAGCCCUCACUUCAUAGUGUCGCAUUACGCUGGGACUGUCAGCUACCAGAUUGAGGGCAUGAUGGAGAAAAACAAGGACCCUGUGCCUCUGGAGCUGAUUCAGCUGCUGCAGAAAUCGCAGGAUUCUCUGCUGCAGGAUCUGUUUGUUGAGCACAAGGAACAGAAUGACAACAGAGGCCAGAGCAAGGUCAUCACCGUCGUCUCCAAGUUCAAGAAUUCACUGGAAAGUCUGAUGCACAUUUUGCACAGCACCACUCCACACUACACCAGGUGCAUCAAGCCUAACACUGACUGCAGACCAAUGACCUUUAAAAAAGAGGAGGUGAUUACCCAGCUAGAAGCCUGCGGCAUAGUUGAGACGAUUAAUAUAAGUGCAGCUGGCUUUCCUAUACGGCUACCUUAUCAAUGUUUCAUGGAUCGGUAUGGCCUGAUCCAAAACCCUCAGCAGUGGUAUCCAGUGUCAGGAGUUAAUGGCGCCUCUCCUGCUAAAAAGAGAAGGGGGCCGGGUGCUGUGGAGGCUGGUGAGGAUGCCUUGAGUUCUGCUGUCCGUGACAUUAUCAAUGUUGCCACGUCAGGCCAAGCUGUACCUUCCACAGUCCGUGGCCAGCCUGAGUACAAACCUAGCAGCAGCUUAUUAGUGCACUGUGGGAAAACUAAAAUAUUCAUGACUCAUUCCAUGCUGGAGCUGUUGGAGAGUGUCCGAAGCCAGGCCCUCUCCCUGAGAGCCUUUUGCAUCCAGUGCUGCUGGAGAAGGUACCUGCGGAGGAAGCAGGCGCGACAGCAAAGAGCUGCAACCAGAAUCCAAGCAGGUAAACCCCUUGCAAAACCCAGUCAUGUCUUACCAUAUGAUAACACUGUUCCCAUUGCAAACGCAAUUAUAAAUCGAACCGAAGAUUACCUGUGUAUAGAUAGCCUAAACCACUGUUUGACGGCUUUGUGAGAGAAUUUCAUUUGC